AUGGAAAUGCCGCUUGUCUCACCCUGUCCUCUGACUAGGCUGCUCGAUCAGCGACAGCAAUUGCUGUCAUGCACUGAUAUUGACCGUCGUUCUGAAGAGAAGCGUGGACUGUUCGCCAUUUUGGAAGAAGAAUCAAUGUUCCCUGGUGCCACCGAUGAAAGUCUUCUGGAAAGAAUAUUUGUGCACCUUGGGGAUGAGUCCAGACUUAUACAUCGUGCUAGCCGUCCUUUGCAGUUCGUACUGGAGCAUGCCAUGUCCUGUUAUCCGUCAAAAUACGACGUCACUGGUUGGGUGAAGCAGGCUCAACCGUGCGAGAGCGCUGCUGCUGCUAGACCAUUACUGAUUCAGAGCAAGAGUCCCCAACUGGCAACCAUCUUCGGUGCCUCACUGCCUAACGAUUCGAGUAAGUUACGUCGUGCUACACAAGCUGCUCAGUUUGAACUGAAUGCGCGGAGAUCGACCAGCGGCUUCUUUGCGAACAUCAGUUCACAAAUAGUGAGUUUACGUGAUUGCCGAUCUUUUUCUCAGGCUGAGUUUCCUUUUCGAGAAGUUCAUUGA